AUGGUUGCACUCCUCCCGUCACUCAAACGCCGUCUCCUUGCAACCUCCUUGCAGAAAGGUCUUUUAGCGUUCUUCGGCUGCGUCGCCGUCGCGUUUGUUGCCAUCGAGGCCGCCCCGGGAGGCCGAGGUGGAGGCGGCUGCUGUGGAGGCGGAGUUUUCCAGAAGCCAAGUGGAGGUGGAGCAGGAGGCUUCUCAAGUGGAGGCGGAGCAGGAGGCUUCUCAAGUGGAGGCGGAGCAGGAGGCUUCUCAAGUGGAGGCGGAGCAGGAGGCUUCUCAAGUGGAGGUGGAGACGGAACAGUAUCGAUUGCCGGCGUGGUCUUCCAGAAACCAAGUGGAGGUGGAGGAUUUUCCAGCGGUGGAGCAGGAGGUUUCUCUGGCGGUGGAGGUGGAGGAUUUUCCAGCGGUGGAGCUGGAGGUUUCUCUAGCGGUGGAGGUGGAGGAUCUUCCCGCGGUGGAGGUGGACACGGAGGAUCAUCCGGAGGAGGUGGAUACGGAGGAAAAUAG